AUGGGCAGAGCAAAGAAAACACGUAAGUUUGCUGCGGUUAAACGUAUGUUGAACCCAAACGAUAUCCGGCUAAAGGAGAACCAGUUGAAACAGAAGAAGAAGGAAGAAAGUGAGAAGGAGAAGGCAGUCCGUCGAGUUCCUCAAAUGGCUUCUUCUCUGUUCCUGCAACACAACGAGGCGCUUGUGCCGCCAUAUCGUGUGCUCAUUGAUACGAAUUUCGUCAACUUCAGUCUGCAAAACAAGCUGGAGUUGAUUAGCGGCAUGAUGGAUUGUUUGUAUGCCAAAUGUAUACCUUGCGUCACUGAUUGUGUGAUGGCCGAACUGGAGAAGCUGGGCCACCGGUACCGUGUAGCUCUGAGAGUGGCUCGUGAUCCACGCUUUGAGAGGCUUACUUGUUCACAUACAGGAACUUAUGCCGACGACUGUCUUAUCCAACGUGUCACUUCGCACAAAUGUUACAUUGUCGCUACCUGCGACCGAGAGCUUCGUCGGCGCAUUCGCAAAAUCCCGGGAGUGCCUCUCAUGUAUAUCGUCAGAAGACGAUAUGCGAUAGAGAGGCUGCCCGACCAGGGUGCUCCUAUCUGA